AUGAAUUAUCAAAGUUAUGAUGAGUAUAUGGCUUUAAACUAUGGUCGAUUUUUAGAUAAUGGCGGUUGCGGUUAUGUGCUGAAGCCUGACAUUCUUACGACUCUUAAUUCAGAAUUUAAUCCAUUAGCAUCAAAUGAUGUAUCUAAGCAACGAUUAACUCUUCGCAUAAUUAGUGCUCAAUAUUUAUCGAGACGAACACCCACUAGAGAUAUUGUUGAUCCAUACGUUAAAGUUUUUACGUAUGGAGUAAACAGUGAUUGUCAAGAGGAAAAAACACGUGCUAUAAUCGAUAAUGGAUUAAAUCCAAGUUGGAAUGAAACAAUAGUGUUUGAAAUCAGCGUGCCUGAAUUAUGCCUCGUACGAUUUGUUAUUUUUGAUAGAGAUAUCGUUGGUUUUGACGAUAUUCUAGGCUCGUUUUGUUUACCUUUGACGACAAUUCAAACAGGUUAUCGUCACAUUCAUCUUCGUGCAAUGGAUGACAAUCUGACGUACUCAACACUAUUUGUUCAUGUCGAUGUACAACAUUUGACAGACGACUCAUCCUUUAGACUCUAA